AGAAACAGGGCCACGCAAAGGGGUCCUCAGCCAUGAGAAAACAGAGAACGCAAGCCGUGGUCCGACCAUUGCGCAAUCUUUAAACCUCUCUGCGUUGCAUUACUCAACGGCCCUUCUUUUCUCGACAUGCCGAAGACGCGUCCUCUUCUUCGCGGACAGAUCACAUACUCAACUGCUCAAAGAGAAGAGGUGAACAUUCUCCACCGAUUAAGAUACCAUGAUGAAAGAGACAAAUUCUUUGCACAUGUUUAUGAAAAACUCAAAUGGAUAGAAGCCAUAGUUGCUCAUCACCUUAACCUAGGAUCAUCCAACUCCUGCCGUAUGGAUGAUGUCGAGAACUGGUACCAUGGAAGCUUCAAUCUAUGUGUCCCAGUCGUUGUUGGCGGUUGGCAACAGAAACAGCAGCCUGGAGGCCGCGUUUUGCUUCGGUUCCCUCUUCCGUAUCGGGUCGGUGAUGCCUUUCGACCUGGAAAUGGGGACGAAAAGAUCCGGUGUGAGGCGGGAGCCUAUGCAUGGCUUCAAGAAAACUGUCCAGAUGCUCCUAUACCGAAGCUAUACGGCUUUUCUACGUAA